GGAGCGUGAUUGGUUGGUGGCUUCGUCCAAUCGGCGACGGACUGUCGGAUUCAAAUCCAGAUCGUUGGGCCUGCGGUCGUUGGCCUCAUUCGAGUCGUUGCGCCGGCCCCAGGCGGACGUGGAGCUCCUUGCGCCCGGUUUCCUGCUCCUGUUUUCUCCUCCGCGCGCCGGCAGGAUGGCUCACAAGCAGAUCUACUACUCAGACAAGUACUUCGACGAGCACUACGAGUACCGGCAUGUCAUGUUACCCAGAGAACUCUCUAAACAAGUACCCAAAACUCAUCUGAUGUCCGAGGAGGAGUGGAGGAGACUUGGUGUCCAACAGAGUCUAGGAUGGGUUCAUUACAUGAUUCAUGAGCCAGAGCCGCAUAUUCUUCUCUUUCGACGACCUCUUCCAAAAGAACAGCAGAAAUGAAGUACAACUGGGAUCAUCUAAUGUUUCAAAUUUAAUGUAUAUGUGUAUAUAAGGUAGUAUUCAGUGAAUACUUGAAGAAUGUACAAAGCUUUCAUCCACACCUGUGCAGGAGCUGUAUUCUUCACAGCAACAGAGCGCAGUUAAACGCAACUGCAAGUAGGGUUAUUUUAAGUUGUUGAAGAAAUUUUCUUGUAGUUUUUUCUUAAUAUAAAUGCCUGUUUUACUUUACCUGUUUUGUUAAAAUAAAGUUUGUAUAUUGCAUUUAUA